AUGUUCUCUCGCUUCGUCGUAGCGUCUUCCCUCGCUCUCCUUGCGGUUGCUACCCCCUGGGGCGUCCCCACCGAGACGGCUACCUCCACGGUGACCCUCACGGUUACGGCCCCAGCACCGACUGUCACCACUGUCAGCCAGUGCAACACGGGCUCCAUCCAGUGCUGCCAGUCGGUUGAGUCUGCCAACUCAGCGGCAGGCUCAGCCCUCCUCGGUCUGCUCAGCAUCGUGCUCGACGACGUCAACCUCCUGCUCGGUAGCGAUUGCUCCCCGCUCACCGUGGUGGGUGUCGGCUCAGGCAGCUCCUGCGAUGCCAACCCGGUAUGCUGCACGGACAACUCCUACGGCAACCUCAUCUCCAUUGGCUGCGUGCCCAUCUCCCUCUGA